CCUCCGCCCUCCGCCCUCCGCCCUUCGCCCUCCGGGUUUUGCUCUCCACUCCCCGGCCUCGCCUGGUGUGCCCAUACAUCGCCGCCCCUUGCCCAGUGCCCUUGUCCCAUCCGACCCCAUCCGACCCCAUCCGACAUGCUCUCCUCGCAUGUCAGCCGGGGAUCUGCCCACCGGUGGGCUCCCCUCCUCUCGGCACUGGCACGCCGAUCCCUUUCCUCGUCAUUGGCGUCACCGGCUGUGGCCGAGCAGCCGGCCCCACGCCCCUGGGUGUAUGACAUGACCAAGUCCGAGCUCAUUGCUCGGAUGCAGGAGUUCGACUUGGAGCCGUACCGCGCGCGCCAGCUCUGGUCGUGGAUCUAUCAGCAGGGCGUGGUGGACCCCUACAAGAUGACCACCUUCUCGUUGCCCUUGCGAGAGCGCCUGGCGCGAGAGAUCUUCCAGUUUGGUCUGCCCAGCGUGGUGGAUCCCCUGCGCAGUGAUGACGACACGCGCAAGUGGCUCCUUCGCCUGGACGGGUCGCUGGUGAUGCCGGAGUCCAUUGGCCCGGACCGGCCGUGCGUUCAUGCGCCUUUCGACCCGGAGCGCGGGAUCGGCCUUCGUCCUGACCUGCAAGAUGAGGGCCCCGGGAUGUGGAAGAGCCUCGCCUCGGCAGCCAAGAAGCCGGGCGUCAUCGAGACGGUGUUCAUCCCACGUGGCAGCACCGGCACCGCGUGUCUCUCGUCUCAGGUUGGCUGCUCGCUCCAGUGCUCGUUCUGUCGGACCGGGGCCAUGUCCAAGGCCGCCUUGCGGAAUCUGUCCAGUGGCGAGAUCGUCGCGCAGUUCCUCUCGCAGCGCUUGGCUCUCGGCGACUUCCCAAGCAGCCGGCCAGAGCGCAUUGUCAGCAACAUCGUCAUGAUGGGCAUGGGCGAGCCGCUGCUCAACUACCGGAACUUGACCCGUGCGGUGGAGGUCCUCUCCUCGGAGGAUGGUCUGGCUCUGUCGCGGCGCCGUAUCAUCGUUUCCACGUCGGGCAUCGUGCCGCUGAUCGAGCGCAUGGGUCAUGAUCUUGGCGUGGAGCUGGCGGUCUCCCUGCAUGCGGUGAACGACCGCCUGCGCGAUGAGCUGGUCCCCAUUAACAAGCAGUACCCAAUCGAGAUGCUGCUGGAUGCGUGUCGGAAAUACCCCACGAAUAAGCCCGCCAAAAAGGUGACCUUCGAGUAUGUCAUGCUGAAGGGUGUCAACGAUUCCGUGGAGGAGGCCCGUCAGCUGGCCCGCCUCCUGCGGCCGAUCCCCUCGCUAGUAAACCUCAUCCCAUUCAACCCGUGGGAAGGCUCCCCCUAUGGGACCUCCACGGUUGAGGCCAUCGAGGCCUUCACGGCGGCCCUGCACGAUGAGAGUUCCCGGCACCGCGGGCAGAUUAUCCAUGUGACAGUGCGGUGGCCCCGCGGUCGAGACAUCAUGGCUGCCUGUGGGCAGCUGGCCAACAAGGGGGUGGCUCAGGCUAGCCGGGCAUCGGCCCUGGUGGACAGCCUCCCUGCCGCUGGCGAGUCACCUCCCGUGGGCGAGUCCGGGGCCGCGGCUCAGGCCUGAGAGUGGUGCGGCUCUUUGGGCCUUCCUCCACCUGCUGCAGGUGACUCGCCGGUAGAAAGUGGGGCAAAAAGAAGAAGAAGAAACAAGCAGGUAUUCAGGCAAAUGAGGCAGCCUAAAUCGACGCCAGUCCAGGGGCCGAUCAUGGCCAGCCCCCCCCCCCUUCAAUAAUAGACACCCCUUAGGGGCAACCAAGCGCCUACGCCAGCCCUCCCCC